AAAUUAUAGUUUAAUUUUAGUAAAAAAAUCUUUCUAUCUAUGAAUUUUAAUUAUUUAAAAUGUCACAGAGGGCUGCCAAAAAUAAAAGUCGCAAAUCACCAAAUCCGUUGUUUGAAAAAUGGAUUUCAGAAUGGUUAAAAGAAGCUACUGAAAAAGGUUUGGAAGUCCGUCAUGGUUAUCAACGUGCAUUAAGUUCAUUGCGAAAAUGUCCAUUGCCAUUUAAGAGCGGAAAAGAAUGUUUAAUUCUAAAAUUUUUUGGUCCAAAAUUAUGUGCUAAAUUAGAUAAGCAGCUUGAACAGCACAAUAAGCAGAUAUCUACAGUUUCAGAUGCAGAUGAAGGUAUUACAGCUGACAUUUCUAAAAAUACAAAAAUUGUCAGUGUUUUAAAACCUUCAACAAGUAAUCAAAGUAAUCAAAAUCAAAAUCCAAUUAUUUCUCUUACUCAUAAUGAUUUUCCUAAAAAUAACCAUACAGCUGUGGUAGAAAAUGAGAAGAUAGUUUUGUGGCCAAAUGAAUUUACUGUAAUGUUGUUAAUUGAUACAGGCGAAUCUAGUAGUUUACGAAAAACCAAUCUAGACAAAGUCAUUUCAGAAUUGUCAUCUUUAAAUGUGACUUUUGAAAUGAGACGAUUGAGUGUUGGAGAUUUUGCUUGGAUUUGUCGUGAUAGAAGUGGAAAAGAGCUUAUGUUACCAUAUAUACUUGAACGAAAACGAUUAGAUGAUUUAUCAGGUAGCAUUCAGGACGGCCGUUUUCACGAGCAGAAAUUUAGAUUAAAACAAUGUGGACUUGAAAAUAAAAUCUAUCUAGUUGAGAAUGAAAAAAAAUAUCAUGGAUUACCAAUAUCUCAUUUACAACAAGCAUUGGCAAACACUGAGGUCAUAGAUGGAUUUACAAUUGUGAGAACAGAUAAUCAUUUGGAGUCUAUGAAAUAUAUUGCAAACUUCUCUAAUAUACUUACAAAUAUGUUUAAGGACAAAAUGCUUACAACUCAUAUUGAUGAAGUCGAUUCCGGCUAUGGAAACUCCUCAAAUAUUGUAAAACUUAUAUCUUUUAAAACUUUUUCCUCGAGCUCUGCAAAAAACAAGAACAUGACUGUACGAGAUAUGCUGAUUCGACAAUUACUUCAGAUCCGAGGUUUGUCUGUUCAUAAAGCAUUUGCAAUUGUUGAACAAUAUCCUAGUCCGAGAUUACUUGUAAAUGCAUUUAAAAGAUCAGGUAAUCCACUUUUAUUAUCAAAUAUAUCUUAUGGUAUACCAAUCAAAACAGUCGGUCCGGCCAUCAGCAAGACAUUGUUUCAAAUAUACUAUGCAAAUGACAAUCGUGUAUAAAUUAUGAUACAAAUGUAAAGCUAAAUAAUGAAAAUAUGAAUACUUGUUUGGUAAACUUUACUGUGAAAAUAAUUUUAAUAAUAAAAAUAAAUGUGUUAAAUUUAUAUUUAAAAUAUAGUCAUUUUUGAUGAUGCUAUUUAA